AUGUUGAACGUUGGCAGCGGUACCAAGUGGGUUUCUGGUUGGUUUGGCUUUAGAAGCAGGAGUUUGCUGAAGAGCAGAAGGAUCUCAGGGCGUCUCUACGAGAUCCGGGUGCAUCCCAUUCAGAGCCUCCACAGUGGCUCCUCACAGUCUGCUGGGUUAAUGGGUGUGACCAAAUCCCCCUCCCUCCAUUCCAGCAUCUCAGACCCUGGGAUGCCUGGCAUCUGCAAGGAGCUAGUUGGUCAAUCACUGGCCCGUCUGCGUAGUUCUACAGGGUCGGAGGAGAGCAUGGCAGAUCGGUUAAUCUCAGAUCUAAACCUGGUCUACAUGGCUGUCCAAACUAUAUCUGACCUAUACGACAGUCUGGAUGAUGACAGCCAGGAUAGUGUGUUUGUGGGUAAUUUGGUGGCACAAACUGAGUUGGUGAAGGCCACGACAGCCAUAGAGAAUGCAGUGUUUGUUACCAUGCAGUGGUUGGCCAGUGUUAAACCCUGCUCCGGUCUGCUCUACACGAUUGCUGAGGAACUUAAAAGUCAAGUCAAGAAGAUGGGAGGGUUCUUCCAGAUGUUGAUUCAG